AUGGCCGAUAACAUCAAGACUGUCUCCACCGCCGACUACGAUGGCGCCAUUGCUGCGGCAGAUAAGUAUAUCGAGGGCCUCCGUGUUGGUAGCUCAGACCUAGCUGCCGAGGCAUUUCACAAGGACGCUAUUAUGUACGGAUUUAUCAGCCCUCCCAAGCCAGAUAUGCUUGCUGGUCCUAUCGGCAACCUCUGGACCUUUAUCAAGAAUGAGGGUAGCGCCCCUCACAUCAAGACCCGCAACGACGUCCUUGCAAUCACUCAGACAACUGCUGUCAUCCGUAUCGAUAUGGAGGGGGACGCUUCUGGUGCCAAUUACACAGAUUUCUUAACCCUUAUUAAGAUGGAGGAAGAAUGGCAGGUCAUUGCCAAGGUCUUCCACAAGUAUGGUUAG